AUGUCGAUUCCACCUUCAUCUGCAUUGAAGGUCGUUGGCACGAAGAUCGUGAAUGAGCAAGGCGAGGAGGUCGUUCUUCGCGGAGCUGGCUUGGGUGGGUGGAUGAACAUGGAGAAUUUCAUCUCUGGCUACCCCGGUUGCGAGCACCAGAUUCGCGAGGCUCUUGCUGAAGCGAUCGGACAGGAGAAGUCUGACCUCUUCUUCGAUAAAUUCCUCGAAUACUUCUUCCAAGAGGAGGACGCGAUCUUCUUUAAGAGUCUCGGGCUUAACUGCAUUCGUAUUGCGUUCAACUACCGCCAUUUCGAAGACGACAUGAACCCGCGAGUGCUUAAGGAGAGCGGCUUCAAGCACCUCGACCGCGUCAUCGAUCUCUGUGCAAAGCACGGUAUUUACACCAUCCUCGACCUGCACACAGCCCCUGGAGGCCAGAACACGGACUGGCACGCUGACCACGGAGGACACAUUGCCAACUUCUGGAACCACAAAGACUUCCAGGACCGUGUCCUCUGGCUCUGGACGCAGCUCGCAACACACUACAAAGGCAACAAAUGGAUCGCAGGCUACAAUCCACUCAACGAGCCUACCGACUCGAAGCACACCCGGCUCGUCACCUUCUAUGAUGCCGUGUACAACACCAUCCGCACCGUCGACCCCGACCACGCGAUCUUCUUUGACGGCAAUACCUUCGCCUCCGACUUUUCGCACUUUGGUGACGCACACAAACAGUGGGAGAACACGGGGUACUCGAUCCACGAUUACUCGAGCUUUGGCUUCCCGAACGCCCCGGCCGCAUAUGUGGGCGAUGAUGAGCAGAAGAGGAGGCUGAGGAGGAGCUACGAAAAGAAGAGGCAGUGGAUGGAUGAGCGUGGGCUGUGUGUAUGGAAUGGCGAGUGGGGUCCGGUGUAUGCAAGGGCUCAGUAUGAGGGCGAGGCGACGGCAGAAAUCAACAGGACGAGGUACAAGGUGUUGAAGGACCAGUUAGCCAUCUACAAAGAGGCCCGCCUCUCUUGGUCCAUCUGGCUGUACAAAGACAUCGGUUUCCAGGGCAUGGUGCACAUCGACCUCUCCACACCCUACAUGACCCUCUUCAAAGACUUCCUCGCCAAGAAGCACCGGCUCGCCAUCGACGCCUGGGGUGCCGACACCUCCGCCGUGCAGCACAUCUACCAACCCCUCUACGACCACAUCAUCCAGGAGGUGCCCGAGCAGUACCGCAACCUCUACCCUGCCCCCGUGUGGAAGCUCUCCGAUCGCGUUGGCAGGAUCAGCAGGAAUAUCUUGAUGAGCGAGUUCCUUGUCAGGGAGUGGGCGGACCACUUCAAGGGCAAGACGGAGGAGGAGAUCGAUGCGAUUGCGGCGAGCUUCAAGUUCGCGAACUGCUUGAAGAGGGAGGAGCUGAACACGAUCUUGAGCGAGGACGCGAAGGCUUAG